AUGAAAAUAUCAUUCAUAUUUAUAACAAUACCUAUUCAAAUACUUUAUACGUUUGAAGUUUUUCUUGUUUAUGAUAAACAUAAAUUUUGGGUAUAUAAUUUCCUAAAUUGGUAUAAUGAUUCUCCUGGAAACAUAACACUUCGUUAUAUCGCCCUUUAUGUUCUCUCUAUUGUAUUUUAUUUUUUGAUGUACGGGCUUCAUGCACUUAGAGAUUAUAUUGGAAGAAAAAAGAAUAGUUCUCAAAAAUCAUCUGAAAAUAUUGUAAAUAAUCCUCCAAUAAGUUCAGUA